AUGUUUGGAAAUGAGUUCAUCGUCAAUUUCCUCACCAUACCAAAUCCAAUAGUCGCAUUCGGUAGCCUAAGAAACUGGUCGCGCCGUGCGUUGUACAAUAAGAUCGACCUCUGCACCCAGUCCUGCUACAGCCAGAUCAUCCCUGGUCUCUACCUCAGCAAUGCCCGAGCCGCAGCCGACAGAAAUGUCCUUCGGCAUCUUGACAUCACGCAUGUUCUCACCGUUGAGGCAAGACGCUUGCCCAAGUCAACUUUUAUCGAUACGGACAUAUGCACACUCUACAUUAGAGCCAAUGAUACUCCUCAAACCAAUCUCAUGCCCUACUUUCCGAUGGCCAACGCUUUUAUUGAGGAGGGCAUACAGAAAGGGAACGUCAUUGUGCACUGCCAUUUUGGGGUAUCGCGGUCCGCCACCAUAGUGAUCGCCUAUAUCAUGCAGAAGUACGGCCUGACCUUCGAGCAGGCUUUUAAUUUUGUGAAGCAGAGGAGGAGCUUCAUCAACCCGAAUCCAGGGUUUAUACGUCAGCUGAAGCAGUACCAGAGGAUGAAUUAUGAUGUGAGGGGCCUGCAGCGUUUCGAAGCCUACAUGAAUGUGACUGCAAGGAAGCAUAGAUUUAAAAUUGCGUCUUUCGCUGCUGUCGUGGUGGGGAUCAUCGUGCCACUGGCUGUUUUGGUGGGUUAA